AGAGAGAAGAGACCAUCGUGCUAAGCUCGUGCCCUUUUAUUCCUUUACAAGCCAAAGCCCUUCUUCCCUCCAACGCGCCACAUCCGUGUUUUGUACGGCUGCAGCACAUAAGGGACCUUUAUCAUUCCAUCGUCUUUCACAGCGACCAUCACAGUCCCAUCCACCAUCCCACAUCACGCCCCAUACUCCACCUCUGAAGCACUCCAAUCAUGGAUACCGACCCUUCAGGUUCAGGUGGCUGGCGAUUUGCACAGUGCUUCGGCGACAAGGGUGAAGUCGAGGACAUCACUGAAGCGGAUAUCAUCUCAACUGUAGAGUUCGAUUCUACGGGUAAUUAUCUCGCUACGGGCGACAAAGGAGGUAGAGUCGUCCUCUUUGAGCGCAAUGAGUCGAAAAAGGGCUGCGAGUAUAAGUUUUAUACCGAGUUCCAGUCCCAUGAACCAGAAUUCGACUAUCUCAAGUCACUAGAAAUCGAAGAGAAGAUCAACAAGAUCAAAUGGUGCAGAAGGCAGAACUCGGCUCAUUUCCUGCUCUCAACUAAUGACAAAACCAUCAAGCUAUGGAAGAUAUUUGAGAAGUCACUGCGAGUUGUGUCCGAGUCUAACCACUAUGAUGGACAACGUCCCCUUCCACCACCAAGUGCUUCAUCGCACCUCAGACUCCCGCGUAUGGCUCAACAAGAUAAUAUCAUUGCUGCCGUCCCUCGGAAAGUGUACUCAAAUGCACAUGCUUAUCACAUCCAUUCGAUCUCGGUCAAUUCAGACCAAGAGACUUACAUUUCUGCCGAUGAUUUGCGGAUCAACCUAUGGAAUCUUAGUAUCAGUGAUCAGAGCUUCAAUAUCGUCGAUAUCAAGCCGGUAAACAUGGAAGAGCUUACCGAAGUUAUUACUGCUGCCGAGUUUCACCCACAGCAAUGCAAUUUGUUUAUGUACUCGAGCUCAAAAAGCAACAUCAAGCUUGCAGACAUGCGUGACUCGGCCCUCUGUGAUCGACAUUCGAAAUGUUUCGAAGAAGAAGAAGAUCCAUCAACUCGCUCGUUCUUUUCGGAGAUCAUCUCGUCUAUCUCAGACGUGAAAUUCAGCCAUGAUGGGCGAUAUAUCCUUUCGCGGGAUUAUCUCUCUCUCAAGAUAUGGGACAUCAAUAUGGAAUCGCGGCCAGUGAAGACCAUCCCAAUCCAUGAUCAUCUUCGUGGAAAGCUGUGCGAUCUUUACGAGAAUGAUUGCAUAUUCGACAAAUUUGAGUGUGUCUGGGGUGGUGACGAUAAACAUGUCCUGACUGGUUCAUACCACAACUUUUUCCGGAUAUUCGAUUCAGACACGACAAACGAUGUUGUGUUGCAGGCGGAUAAGUCGGCCUUCAAAGCUAAGAAGAUUGGUGGUCCAGUUCCGGGCAACAAGAAUGGUAUGAAGAACGGACGUCCUGGUGGCCUGAGAGAUGCGAUGCAAAUGGAGACUUUGGACUUUAACAAGAAAAUUCUGCAUGCGAGCUGGCACCCCAGAGAGAAUACCAUCGCUAUCGCCGCUACGAAUAAUCUGUUCCUGUAUAGCGCGGCAUGAUGUUGUCAUAUAACCCAACCACUCACGCAUUCCUCUCGCAUACGCAAUUCAUUUUUUCCUCACAACACAAUCCUCCGUCCCUCGGCUGGCGAGAGGGACACGGAGCUUCGGGAGACGUACCAGGAGAUCAUCAGACAGUCAGGACCACGCGAACUAUUUGCCUUGUGAUUGACCAUAUUUUUCUACAGUAAUCGUAUCACGCUACCUACAACUACUCCUAUUACCUGCAUUCUUUUCACCGCACUCUCUUGCUUACGGUAUACCUCGCUGCGUUCAUCCCUAUCUUGUGUGUUCUCUUUGUUUACGCGUCAUCCCUCCCUCCGCCCCCUCCCUUCUCUUCCGGGUUUUCGUGACGGCUUGUCAUCCGUCGUGUGGUUUAUAACAGACAGAAAAGAGCAGUAGAAGAUGUUGAAAUGGGGGUGUAUUCGACAGAAGUAAUUGAAAUAAAUGAAGUUCUGUAAUAUAUGGACAGGUUGAAAAGAAAUUUCUCUCUCGCAUUCAGGUUUCUGUAGUCCAAUGUCAUAUAGUUUCAUAAAAUGCAACAGUUCAAUUCA